AUGGUUGGGUUAGCCGGUUUAGCGUUCCGGUUAAAGCUUUCGCAAAUUUAUUGGAAGCGAGUUUAUAGGAUAGGGAAAAUACCGGACUUUAACGGGUAA